AUGUCGGAUAGAUUAGUGAUCCAGCACCCAUCUCUGAACUGUGAUUGUGAUGCCCUACGGGCCCAACUUGCUGCUGCUGAGCGACGAAGUAAUGAGCUGUCUGAAAGGUGUCAGCAGCUAGAGGCCCGUUUGCUCGAGGCUCUCAGUUCUGUUCGAUCUAACGACUCUGGAAUUGCAAGUCCCAAUCCUCCGUUACCUGGGCAUAAUUCUGCCGAGGCUAUAUCUCAGUCUGACCAACUGAGAGAGUAUCCAGAUUAUCACUUCCUUAGUCGGAUACUGAGACCAACCUUCUCACUGCAAUUUAGCUCCAGAAGAGAGAACCGCAGUGCUAUGAGCAGCGCUUGGGAGCUAUGGAGUAAUAUCACAGAUAUCAAAGUUUCUGAAACAGAUAGUUUAAGUCUCGACAAUAACACAUACAUUGAUCUGGCUGGCGCGUUUUUCGAUAGGCGAUGGCCAUAUUUACCAGUAUUACAUCGGCAUACGUUCAUGAGGCCAUUGACCAGUUUCAUGAAGUCAUUACCCCAAACUCGCGACAAGACCCAUCGGGUAUUCUUCAGAGAAGCCAUAAAAGACCUGGACCUGGUUUUGAGCGGCGAGAAUAUUAAAUGUAUUCAGUGUCUUCUUCUACUGUGCAUGUAUGGCCAUAAUGAACCUCAGUCAGUCAAUAUGUGGUUCACAACCGCUAUGGCCCUUAAUUUAGCCAUCGGCCUUGACCUUCACCGCAAGGAAUGCAUUUCUGGGAAAGACAUCAUGGAUGCAGAGAUAUCUAAGCGUGUAUUCUGGUAUGCGUACGUGAUUAAUUGCAGUGUGGCUAUCAACAUGGGCCGACCCUUGGAAAUCCAAGAGUCAGAUAUCAGCAUGCCUUUGCCUAUACAGCUGACGGAUGCCCAGCUCAUUGAAUCUAUCCAGAGCCUCAAUGUCGAGGAGUCAGUGAUACUGCAUGUGGCUGACACAUCAACAUUUGUCCACAUUAUUAAGCUCCGUCGAAUCAACGCCGGUGUUUACAAGACAUUUCAUUCCAUCGGCUCUGUCCCAACUGAUCCUGCUGACCUGGAUCGGCUUCGCAGUGGAUAUUUUCUGGAGCUGAAUCAGUGGAUAAUAACAGCGCCGCGCUAUAUGCAGACUUUGUCUACUUUCCAGUCCACUGAGCGGUUCCAGAUUGCUUUCCAUCACGCCGCUCUUUCACUUUACCGUCCCUCACGUGCGGUCCCAAUGCCAUUACCAGAUGAUCUGCGGACCUGCACCGAGUCUGCCAUUGGUCUGAUAAGCUCAAACAGCGCACUGUACGCGCGAAACCGCAUUAAAUAUACGUUCAUCGCAAUUCACUCGUUGUUCUUGGCAGCCGUGACAAUGCUGUAUUCUCUGCGAGCGUUUGCACCCUUGCGGCAAGAAUUGACCAAGCCGGUGAUUCAAAUGAAUAUAUCUACAUUUCUUACACUCCUGCGGGGCAUUUGCGAUAGACGUGCGGUCGGAGAGAAGUGUUGCAGGAUUGUUGAGCGGCUUGGCCAGUCGAUUAUGUCCUUAUUCGAACAUGAAGAUCAGGCAGACUUGAGUAUUGAUACCGAGUUCCAAACCUGGUUUGGUCUUAGAGCACACACGUUUCCCUCCAAGGCUAGCAACCUAGCCUCAGAUGCGUAUGCUUAUGACUCACCGUCACGUCUUCCUGACGUUCAAAUGGACCUCCCAUGGGCUGACCUAUUCAUGGAGGGAAUAGACAUGAGCACGGCAGAUGUUUGGAGCGUUCUGUUCUAAUGUUACUACGGAGAGUGGGGAGUGAUGUCGAGCUAAUUGAGAUGUAUCAAGGUGGCGCUGGGGGUGGUUUCCAUUCGCCACUUGCCCGUCGGCUUCUAUAUCAACCGGACUGAAUUGGAAAGAGGUCUCAGAUCCACAACCAUGAUAAAUCGUGCGGCAACAUCUAAUCAUGGCAGUUUUCUGCUCCAGGCCCAAUACGAUCUGUCGCGGUCUAAAUACCUCGGGUCAACGGCUUGGGCCCGACGCCGCAGAUGGAAUUUUGCCGAUGCUAGUCAAGCUAGCUGUUUCUGUAAUGUGCAUCCGGCAUUCAAACGGUCUACCUAAACGUAUUUCUCAUCCCAGGCACUCAUUAUACCUGUGUCUCUUGGUGAGGGGUGGAUUGGAGACACCCAUGAAGCGAUUCGCGAUCGGAUGAGCCGAUGAGCGCGGCUGUAACCGGUUAAUUUGUAUCGGAUAAAUCCGGUGGCAACUUUAAU